UUUAAAAUGGUUGAAGUUGAAACGGCGGCGGACGAAGCGCCAUGUUUAUUGAAAACGUAACGUUAUCGGAAAAGAAAGCUGGCUGUGUUGUUUUUUAUAAAUUAGUUUAGCGAAAGUGCGAUGGUAUUUACUUCAGUUUGAUAUUUCUGUUUCUAAUAAGAAGUGUGAGUUGUACUAUUGUAGUUUCUUCUAUAUACUAUUGUUGAAAAAAUGGCAGGGCCGCCUGAAAACCAGAGGUCUUUUCGACUUUUUGUGACCCAUGUCGACGGUGACUCUCAUUUUCUGAAAAUUAGUGGUCAAGUAGAUCAACAGGCUUCGUUGAUGAUAGAGAGCCUGUUUGAAAGUUCCCGAGAUAAUCUAGAAAAAGGCAUCGGAGCGGUGCCACCGGCAGCUAUUCAUGAAGGUGUCAUUUGUGCCGCCAAAUACAAAGAUGGUAUUUAUUACCGAGCUAAAGUUGUGAGCACAAAUAAUUUGUCUACCGGUUUGGUUGGAGUCCACUUCAUUGACUAUGGGAACAAAGACAUAAUUUCUUUGAGCGCUAUACGAUUCCUCGACAACUACGACCCGCUAUUCUUACAACUACGUGGUCAAGCGUCUGACUAUUACCUAUCUGGGGUAAUGAAUCCGUCUGGAAGAUGGGAAGAACCACUUUUACUAAAACUGCAAAGCUUAGUGUGCUAUUCUGAUUAUAUUGCGACUAUUGAAGCUCAAACUCGGACAAUACCUAUAAUAUCUGUACAAUUUAAAGGCACGGAUCUAUCGACACAUCUUGUGUCGAUUCGUUUUGGUGUAGCUUUACCUCUUGCAAAGCAAGAAGUCUUACUACUUCAAUUAUCUGGUGAUAAUCAUCAACCAUCAAAUUGGCAGCCUAGUGUUUCAAAUGAAACUGCAAAUUUCCCCGAACACAUCCCAUUUUUAAUGAAUCAGAAUUUCCCGGCUAAUCCAGCAUCCACUAUGCGCAUUCAGCAAAAUGCAUCAUUACCAUUUAAUGGAAGUAUACAGAUGGCACCAUCUUUGAUUGGACAACGGUUACUCAACAAAGCUUCUAGAAACCCAGGGAAUUUAAAGGCCCCAGUACGCCAGCCACAGCAUGCCCCUACUAAUAGCAUCAACCUUUCAACCCCUCCACCAGCUCUAAUGAUAGCUCCUAAACCUGGUUCUCCUAAAAAGUCAUCCACUUAUAAGAGCAGAUUAUUGGAAGUGAACUCUCAACAUAAAGUUUUUGUGUCAUUUGCUGAAGAAGGACCAGAAUUAUUUGCAGUGCAACUUGUUAGUGAUGCCAAGAAACUGCAGGAUAUGAUGGAUGACAUUAAUAAGAGGCCACAUAGCAGUCUUACUGAACCACCUAUGAUAGGCACAGUCUGCCUGGGCAGGAUGUCAGGUGACCGUAUUAUAUGCAGGGCUAUUGUUAUGAAUCUCUCUGGAUCUCAAUGCAAGUUAUUCUUUGUUGACUUUGGGGACACAGAAAUGGUAUCAUACUAUGAUAUCUUCGAUAUACCUGAUGAGUUUGUGAAGCCUAAUGUGUUCGCUAUGAGAUUCUGUUUAUCUGGUGUAAAGAAAUUGGAAAAGGGGCUUCAUUUGAAUGAGACUUUCAAACAGCUAGUUAACGGAAAAGUGAUGACCCUGAAAGUAGUGGCACCUGAAGGGCCACCAUUGAUUCAGUAUGGAGAACUUUACUUAGACAAUAAGAAUGUGCUUGAAUUGUUGAUGGCUAAUAUGAAGGACAAGCUGCAGUUUAAAAGGAUUGACAUACUUCCUUUGGGAUCGAGGCGCUCUGUUCUUGUGUCUUAUGUGGAUAGCUGUAUCAAGUUCUUUGUGCAGUUGUCAGAUAACAUUGAUGAGUUGAAUGCUGUGAUGGAAGCUGUAAGAGCUCACUGUGAGAACAGCUCGUCUCCUGGAGAGUUGCCAGUGGGAGCAGCGUGCUGUGCACGAUUUCCAGAUGAUAACAACUGGUACAGAGCGACAGUUAGAGACACUAAGAAGAACAAAAUAGUUGUUAUGUAUGUGGACUAUGGUAAUGAACAAGAGGUUGAAGUAUCAGAUUUGAGGACCAUUACUCCUGAUUUGAUAAGAUUUCCAGCUCAGGCUAUGAUGUGUGCUCUGAAGGGUUAUGAGAACAAACCAGUAGAAACUAAGACAUCAAACCAAUUGGAGAUGCUAGCUUUGGAGAAGACACUGACUGCUCACAUAGUGGGCAUGCUGUCUACCACAAUGGUAGUGUCAUUGAUUGAUGAGACUGUAACCCCACCCCUGGAUGUAGCCCGAAAGAUGACACAACUAUCUCAACCUAGGAGCUCUCAUGAGGCCAAAGCAACAACCCCAAUAAGGAAAGACGCUCCAGAAACCUUCAGUUCUCCGGACAGUGCAUCUGAUGAUGGCAAAAAGAAAGGCUUCCGACGAGAAAAGAGCUUCAAGGAAGAAUGGAGACCACCAAAAGAGGGCAAUGAAGAAUUCCAGCAAAGAGGCGGCAGUUUUCGAAACAGAGACAACAGGGACGGCUUCGACAGGUCUGGGCCGGGCCGGCAUAGCGAAAAGUUUGGCGGCAGACCGGAGCGAGUCGAGCGUCCUCAUAACGACAGACGCGGAGGGCCGCCAAAGCCUCGUGAGAAUGUGCCGUCCUCAGUCGCUGACGACGAGUGGGAGGAGACUCCUUCUCAACCUACAACCUUCCAACCUCCACACAGACAAAAUAGAGAUAGGGACAACAACCCUAGGGAAUACACCCCGAGAGAUCGAGAUAACAACCCUAGAGACAGAAGAAAGCCUAGGUCGGAAAAUCAACACGAUAAGCCGGGUCAAAGACCAGGUUGGAAGAAGGAUUCGAGUGGAGUGGGGAAAAGGCUAAGGCAAGCCGCUGAAGCCGCCUCCUUGGACGCUCAAAACGCUCCUACGAAGGGUGCUUCCAUACAGGAUAGACUGAAACGGGAUAACAAAUAUAGCCAACAUGAUGACCGUGAUGAAAGACCUCAACGGGAGAACCGUUUCGAUCGUUCUGACCGCCCCGACCGAUCUGACAGGCCUGACCGGCCUGACCGCCGUGAUAACCGGGAUAGCCGUGGCGACAGGCGCGAUAACUGGGGAGACAAGAAAGAAAACUGGAACCAAAAGAGAGAUUUCCGACCGAAUGACAGAGCGCCGAGGAGCAACUUCUCACCAAGAGACCGCGCGGAUCGUUCAUUCGGAUCAGACGAUAAAAAGUCUGACAAGAGCUUCAGAUCUCAGGAUAGCGGCAGGGGAGAGCGCUCGGGUCGCGCCCCGCCAUACAAGAGCCGCAGCAAGUUCACGCAGGUCCAGUACAAGGAACUCCCCGACCCUGUGCCGCUCGAAACUCCAUUCCUCGAGCCCACGUCCGUGGAACCCGGCGCGCAACACGAGGUUUCCGUCACCUGGAUCAUAAACCCGGAAUGCUUCUUCGCCCAGAUAAUGUCGCUGCAGCCUAAGUUCCUUGAAAUGAUGCACAAAAUACCAGAGAUAUACAAAGGCGUGAAAUCUUACACUGGUGAAGUGCCAGUCGGCGGAUCAGUGUUAGCUCGUUAUCCCGUUGAUGGCGUAUUGUACAGAGCUACCAUCGAAUCUGUACAGCCAUUCUCGAAGUUUAUCGUUCGGUAUGUAGAUUUCGGCAACAAACAGCUAGUGGAUGCUAAAGAUAUUUGGCAGAUGGACAAACAAAUGAUGGAGUUGCCUAAGAUGGCGGUCUGUUGCUCUCUUUCGGGCGUAAUGCCAGUGGAAGGUGAAUGGAAGCCCAACAACCUGGAUAUGGACUUGUGCUUCAACGCGCCGCGGUAUCAAUGUAUAUUCCAGGAGUUUGUUGAAGACCGCUACAAGGUGUCGCUAUGGAACAAUGGAGUCAGUGUAGCAGAUAUGUUGGUCGAGAAGGAACUGGCUAAAUUAUCUGAACAUCAGUCGUCUGUUACUUUGAAAGACGAAGCUAUCGACCUCACAAUCAUCGUAGGUCAGCAGAUAUUGUGCCGUGUGACCCACGUAGAAUCUUAUGAGAAAUUCUUUGUCCAACUCGAUAUGGACAAAGCUAAGCUGGUAGAAGAAGCUAUCGCUAACUUUGACACUGCUAAAUUGACGCCAUUGACCGCAGACAACCUUGCCGAAGGGAUCCACUGCACGGUGAAGCAUGACGGUAAAAUAAACAGGGCUAUACUAGAAAGUGUUGCUGACCCAGCCAACAUCACCGCUGUGUUGCCAGACUACGGAAAAUCUAUUACUACUUCUUUGGAAAAUCUCAUGAUUUUACCAACGGAACUGAGCGUAUACUACUAUCAGUCGCUGGAGUGCAGUCUAAACAACUAUACAAAUGACGUUAACAAGCUAAUGACCCUUGACGAACUGAAGACCAAGCUUACAGGAAACAAAGUCAUCGUCUAUAUCAACCAUGUGGAAGAGAUCACUUUGGUGACAACCCUGUAUGACUACGUGACCGGUCAAAAGAUUGCCGUGUUCGAACCGGAUGAAGGCGCCUAUGACGAAGUGGUCCAGUUGUGUACGAGAUCCGUCUUCAACUACAACUUUGGAAUGGCGUACAUUGUCCACGCUGAAAACUUGAACGAAUUCUACCUACAGAAAGCAAGCGAUGGCGACAAAAUCGCUCUGUUACUUGAUGAACUCUACAAGUUCUAUGAAGAAGGAACUCCCGAAGCCCUCGCUACUUUCGAUGUGGACGGUAUCUGCGCUGCGCACUCUGCAGACGGCAACUGGUACCGAGCUACUAUCAUCAGCGUCGAAGAUACUCAAGUCAAAGUACAAUACCCUGAUUAUGGUAACACAGAAACACUUCCCACGGAAUCUCUUAAAAUACUUGAUCCCAAGUUCUAUGAACCUUGUGCAUUAGCAUUAGUAGCUAGCUUAGGUCUUGUCGCUCUACAAGAAGACGCUCUCAAUAAACUUAAGGAAUGGACCAAUGAAAAGGAAGUGCAAGUCACACUUGCUAUAGGCACAGAUGGUUGGCUUGCCAGCUUGCAUUUAGAUGGUGUAGAUUUGUCAGUGAAAUUGGUAAAUGAGAAAUUGGCUACACCACAAAUAAACGCAGUUGAAGAAGAGAAAGUUGAGGAAAUCCAGACUCCUGCGCUUUCUGAGCCGAUAUCUUUGCCUGAAGGUUGUACUCAGGUGUACAUCAGUCAUAUCGACACGCCUGGCCACUUCUGGUUGCAAAUGGCCGAGAAAAUAAGCAAGCUUGACGAACUCCAAGCAGAGCUACAAACUACUGCCAGCACAUUUAGUGAUCUGGAAAAUCCUGAAUUGGGUACGUGGUGUGUCGCCAAAUACAUGGCUGACGAUCAAUGGUACCGAGCUGAGAUCCUUGACUCGGAUUCUGACAUUAUUACAAUUCGCUUUAUCGACUACGGCAACACUGAUGUGCUUGACAACCAGCCUGGAUUACUGAAGGAAAUGCCUGCAGCGUUAAAAGAUGUGGAAGCUUAUGCGAUCAAAUCUAGCAUUAACGCCGUACCCACGGGUACCGGCCAGUGGUCAGAGGCAUCCUCUGAAUAUUUCACGCAACUUGUAGGCGAUUUAGCAAAUGCAGUGGAUGCUCUUAUUGUCCUCAAAGACGUAAUAACGUACGUAGAUAUCUAUGUUCAAGGGAACAAUGUGACUGAUAAAUUAGUAACUGCGGGUUAUGCCACUAGAUCAGAAGAACCUGACUGUGGUGACUUGCCGUCCUGCUUCGCCAGUCAUGUAAACUCACCAUCCGAGUUCUGGAUUCAGUUAGAAACUGCGACCGCGGAGCUACAAGCAAUGGAAGCUGCGAUGGUAGAUGCAGAAAACUUCCCAGAGUUGACAGACAAAGAGGAAGGUGUUAUUUGUGCAGCUAAAUACCCUGAAGACGAAGCGUGGUACAGAGCACAAGUCAUUGUGGAUGGGUCGGAAGGAACCGAGGUGCUAUUUAUGGAUUAUGGAAAUGCAUCUAUAGCUAACGAAUUAAGAAGUCUACCAGAUGAACUUAAAGUGAAGCCUGCGCUUUCGAGAAAAUGUGCCUUGCAGAAACCUCGUGACGUUAAAUGGUCACGUCAGUCUGAAGUUAGGUUUAAUGAAUUAGCUGCAGAAGGGGCCACUAUAUUUAAUGUCCAAUUCAUAGCGUCUGGUGAUAUAUCUAUCGUUGAAUUGUUCCAUGAAGGAAAAUCCGUGACUGAAGAACUUUUAGGGCUUUGUGAACAAAUUCCGGCUCCGAGACCAGCUCCUGUGGGUCAAGACAUAUUCGGUAGCGGCAAAAUCUGCUUUGUCAAAGAUUUGGAUGAAUUCUAUGUGCAACUAGACGAAGUUAACUCUGACCUUGAUAAAGUGACGGUAAGAAUGAACGAUUUUGAAGAAUUUGAACCUGCUACUGAUCUAAAAAUAGGAUCUAUAUGCGCUGCAUUUUGGGCUGACGACGAACAGUGGUAUAGAGCUAAAAUAUUAGAAUUUUGUGACGUUGGUUACCAUGUACAGUUUAUUGACUAUGGUAACAAAGCUAAAUGCGAGGAAUUCCGAAAACUCCCUGACGAUAUAGCAUCAAUUGAACCUUUAGCAAGAGGCUGUCGUAUUAUCUUGGAAAGUGGUGACGAAAGUUUGCAAGAAGAAGGUAAAAAUAAAUUAGAUCAGCUCACUUUAGAUGACACUACUGUACGUAUAGAAUUUUUGGAUAGUACAGUUAGUCCAAGUCUCGUGAAGCUCUCUUAUGGUGGACAGGACUUUUACUCAGACCUUAAAAAUAGUAAUGCUACCAACCAAGCAGAAGAAACGCCAAAAGAAGAAGCUCUUCCGUCUAUCGAACACGAAGUUGUAAAAGAAGUUACUAGUGUACCUGAAGCUGUAACAGCCUCGGAUACCGCUACCAAUGACAUAGACACAUUAGAAUCAGAAGAAAUUCAAAAUGAACAGAAUACAUCACAAGCGGAUCUCAAUGAAAGUACGGAGAGCAACCACACUGUUAUUGAGAACAAAUCUUUCGAAUCUAAACAUGAUAAUCUGACUGAAGAAAUUAACGCCGGUGAAGCAAAGGCUACAGAAACUAGUCAAGACUCUGACAAAAACGCAGAAGUUCCCGAGAAAAAUGAAUUAGGUGAUACGAAAAAUGAUAGUGCAGAAAUUGUCGACGAAGCUGAAAAUAAGGCUGACAAUACUGAACAAGCCACUGCUCAAGUAGAAACAGUAGAAAAAACUGCCGAAACAAAAUCUGACGUUAAUGAAACAGAGAUACCCGUCGCUGAAAAAGAAAGUAAACCUGUGGAUGUUGUGACGGAAAAAGAGAACCCAGAUAACGUAGAUGACACAGAGAAUCCUGUGGUGAAAGAAGACGCUGGAAAAACCGAAACUAAAGAAAAUGAUGCGGAAAAAACCGUAGUCAAAGAAAAUGAUGUAGAAAAACCCGUAGACAAAGAAAAUGACGUAGAAAAACUCGUAGUCAAAGAAAAUGACGAAGAAAAGCCUGUUGAAAAAGUGACAGAGGCACUGGGCAGCCCAGUAAAACAUGUGACUGACUCAACAGAAAAAGUGACUGAAGCCGGUGACACAGAACCUGUUAAGUAGACUUAGGAUGUAAAUACGACAGAAUAAGAUAUUUUUAGUGAGUAAAGUCAAAUUACAUUGUAUCAUAUUUAUCUUUUUGAAUGUAAAGUGUCUUACAACUGCUAGAAAUUAUAUGACAUGACUUUAGUUUGCUUCGUAUUAUGGUAAAACCAAAUGCCGAUCUUGUUUUGGCAUUAAGAAGCAGCUUAGUUUUUUAUACAUUGUCGUACGAAGUACAUAAAGACUAGAAUGUAAUAGUUAAGGUUCGGCGUAUGAUUGUAUUGGUUGCUUUUUAAAUUUUUUAACGUUGUUUAAUUAUUUGCUUCUCGAAUCACGUAAGUUGAUGUUAUGAAAGUUUCAGGAAACAUUUAUCGUUUUAAUGUCUGUUUUUGUUGUGUGCUUAAAUUGAUUUAAUGUUAUCGCGAAGAGAAUAUAAAUGUACACUAAUGAAAGUAUAUUAUAGUGAUUGUUUUCACACACAUAUAAAUACUCAUGAUUGAUUUUAUUUUAGGUUUAUCGUAUGUUAUGUCGGUAUUAGUAGAGUUUGCUAUUAGGGCUCAUUUCAUUAUCAGUUCAUAAGUAACAGCUGGAACCUGUGUAUGUACAUACAUAAUUUAUUGUAAUUAAACACACAUUCCCUUCAUAAAACGUUAGUAGCGCAUGUCACCACAACUACAUACCGAAGGUAUAUUGAUUAUUGUUGUUUUUGUUUAGUAAAUCAUCUUAUAAGAUAUAGGACUGAUGUCUGUCUUGUCCAGAGAAGGAUGUUAAGUUUUUUUUUUAUUAAAGAUAUGCAAAAAUGUA